AUGGGGAAGAAGAAAAGCAAGAGCCAGGUACAUGCUAACGGCACUAAUAGUGUCGCCGCGACCAAGAGAGAGACAUCUUUACCUCCUUUGGGUAAUAAGGUGGGUAGUGCAAGUUUCACGGCUAUAAAUACGUUAACCAAACCCGCACUGUUUUCAUUUUAUGAUGAAGACAUCACCAGAAAUGAAGGUAACGUAUAUGAUAAGGCUUUACUGUCUAAUGCUUCUCAAUUAGAAAUGGUUCCACCUUCCAUCGCUGUGAGGCAUGAACGAUCAUCUUAUGCGAAAAUCAUCAAUUUCGUUGCAGCGCUCUUUAUUCUAUUCAUAUCAGGUAUUCUCUUCCCCAUGAUAUCAGAGUGUUUGUUUGAUAAUGACCAAUUGGUGAAGGGAGUUAUCGUGUCUUUUUUAAAGCAUGGCAUAACGAUAAAAAACAGGAUUGUUGCGGAACCUGACAUGGUACCAGAUUGGGCAGUCUUUGGAACUGAGGGCAUUAUCUUUGGAUCUAUAGUACCGUUCAUCGACUCUUUUGUACGCCACAAACGCCUCCCAAACACCAGGUCGAUUGCUUAUAAAAAUACGUUGGGAUCAUUCAUCAGAUGUGCCAACACUCUUUUGGGGAUUAUAUUUGGCAUUAGGAAAAUUGAAUGGUCUUCUUCUCUGCAAGCAGCCGGUGCGUGGAGCUUGUUGAACAUUGUCUUGUGGUUGUUCUUUGACGGCACUUUGACUGUUCUGUUUCCAGGUCUCGCGAUUGGAGUGAUUAGUUCAUUGUGUUGCGCACAAUAUACCUCGCAAUUGUCACAAACCCUAUAUUUUAUAGACUUCUAUUUUUUUGGCUUUCUAAUGUUCAGCAAAUUGGGUAGGUAUCUAUUCAAUUAG